AUGGGAUAUUUUAGCAGUUCAGCCCCCACAUCCUCGUGUCUUAGAGAUACUAUAUCAGGGCGGUAUCUAUAUUAUGACAGGGCUCUUGUGACAGCCAUGAUUGAGCUAUGGCGACUGGAGACCCAUACAUUUCAUCUCCGCACUGGUAAGGCCACUAUCACCCUUCCCGACGUAGAGGUCCUUUACGGUCUCCAAGUCGAUGGACGCGCUUUUUAUAUUGAGGAGCCGCAUCAGAUGCCAUCGUAUCGGCAGGAGUUGACUAGGCUCACUGCUUUUGUGCCGGAGCCGCAUGUUAUAUGGGGACAGAGUCGGCUGUCGAUGCAUUCCCUCUUCGCUCACUUGCGCCUCGUAGACAUGCAACAUCCGAUUACAGAGGACACACCUCAGGUUGAUGUUGACCGACGUGCUCGUCUGUAUCUUCUCGUCAUAUUCGGGGGCAUCCUGUUCCCGAACACAUCGGGUUCCCAUAUGAGCUUGAGGUAUUUGCCCUUUCUGGAGCAUCUGAGCAUCUAUAGGCGCGAGGACCGAUGUCGCUGCAUUUUACCCGCUCCUCCAGGUACUAUAUUUAAGUGUGUGUAA